AUGGCUCGAGGGGGACUUAAGAUUCUGAAGCCCACCGACCAACGAGUUAAGAAAAGUGGAGUCAAAAAGAAGCAGGGUGAGAAGCGAGAAACCGAAGCGAAAAAGCAUGGUGAUAAAGAUGGCGGCGAGACGCGUGGUGAAGAGCGUGUAAUUGAGAGAGAGGAGUGGAACAGCGCUUUAUUCUUUACAUAUAACACUCAGUUAGGGCCGCCGUAUCAGGUGUUGAUGGAUACCAACUUUAUCAACUUUUCAAUUCAGCAUAAAAUAGACCCUUUCAAGGGUCUGAUGGAUUUGUUGUUUGCGAAAGUUGUUCCCGUGGUGACGGAUUGCAUUGUGGGAGAGUUGGAGAAGAUGGGUCAAAAAUUCCGUUUGGCGUUGCGUAUCGCUAAAGAUCCAAGGGUGAAGCGACUGACAUGUGAUCAUCCGGGAACCUACGCUGAUGACUGCAUUAUCAAGAGGAUUAGUAACCAUCGUUGCUACAUUGUGGGUACAAGUGAUAAGGAGUUGAAACGGCGGAUCCGUAAGGUCCCCGGAGUGCCCAUCGUUUCUGUCACUCAACACAAAUAUGCCAUAGAACGGUUACCCGAAGCCACCCAAAAGUAG